UUUGAUAUAAACUGCCUGAAAUUGACAAAAAACAAAAUUCGACGAGAAUCGACCGGUGUCCUUCGAACCGUAUUUCAAUCAAAAUUUCUGCCGUGUGUAAUAUUUGCUGGCAAAGCUUAAUAUCAUUGAUGGACAUUGUACGUUUCGAAUUGCUGGAUGGCUCUAUAUUUUUAUGUAUAGACUUAUCUAUAUCGAGCUAGGAGAGAGUUAGGGUGAUGCCUGUAUUCCGUCAUCAGAACAGCAAUUAUUGCCCUCCCUAAUACUAUUAAUAUUUUUUUCUUCCAAACAUCACGCCUAUAUGACAGAACCCAAGUUCAGAUGGCAUUAUUUGCGACUCUAGUCACGGAAAGCUGCCUACGAAGCAACUAUCGGAUCACGAGUGACAAAAACAAAGCAUUGCAAGGCCACUGCGACAUUUUCAAUACAACCACAGCAAAUAUUGGAAAAUGUCUUCAGUUGUGUCUUGGAAACUGUUCAUGCAAAUCAUUCCAACUCUGCCACCUGUACGAUGGAAAGACAGAAUGUCAACUUUGUUCAAGUGAUAAACACUCACAUCCAGCCGCGAUGACAGACAACGAAAAUUGUUCGACUUACAAUUUUGAAAUCGAAGCUGGGAUCUCUGAAAAUCAUUGCGAAGCGGGGUGUACAUCCCGCAUCAACUGCUGUCUCAUAUCGACCCCAUGUUACAACGGUGGCACCUGUGUUCCCCACAGUACCCUCCGAUUCACCUGCAAAUGUCCGUUGCACUACCGCGGAGACCGCUGCGAGAUACUGGACUGCGCUCCGGGCUACGCCGGGGAAAACUGUGAACGAGAGAUUAAAUCGUGCAAAGAUGUUGCAACGUCAUCCGGUAUUUUGCCUCUUUCAAGAAUUUAUACAAUUCUAGAUAGCUUUUUGAAGACUUUUGAAGUUUUCUGUGAUUUCGAGAAUGAUUCCCAAAGCGUAUUGUGGUCGUGGACACUAGUGCAAUCCUACGCGUUUUAUGAAAACGGAAAAUUCCGGUGGGCAUCAUUUUUAAGAGAAGAUCCGCCGAUAAUAAACGAAAAAAAUUGGCAUUUGUUUCGUCUUGGUAAAACGAGAAUGGAGUCCUUGAGGAAAGAGUCAACAAAAUGGCGCGUCACUUGUUGCUACGAUACGACCGAUGGCGUGGAUUACCGGGAUUACGUGCGGGCAUCAUUCUCCGAGGUCGACCCACUAGUUUUUGAUGGUGAAGAAUGUGUGAGGGUCGAUCAUAUCAGCGUACGCGGGCAACAAUGCAAGAAUUGCACAGCGUACGCUUUUCAAAAGAACGCCAUGUUUCAUUUCCGAGCCUUCAAUAGCCAAUGUGAGUUUAAAACGACCGGAUACAAGCAAUGUUUGAACGAAAGAAAGUCGCAUAAAACAAUCGAGAGCAAUUUCGGCUUUUACAGUUGUGCGAACGAAGAACACAGUUGUUCGGCUCAUAUGAAUGCAACAACACAGACUUGGUUUGGAGCUGUGCAUAACUCGAGCUUGACUAUUCCCGGCAGUUAAGAAUUGCUUUAUUGUGUAUAAUGAAAGCUCUUGAGAAAAAUAUUGUGUUAUAUAACCAGGUUUAAUAUCUCGCGCGAAUAUUUGACCUAAUCAGAGGGCAAAAGGGUUGUCGAAGUAGGAAGUCGUUUAUGCAGUAUUAAAUCGAUUAUAUCUAUUGUUAUUCUUCAUGAAACUAUAGUCAAAAACUUAGUGGCUUGGUUUAUUUAUAAC